AUGCAGUCAUCAAAGACCAUCACCAGAUCCCGAAAUGGGUGCGCAGUAUGCAAGUCAAAACGGGUAAGAGACCAACAUUGUGUACCAUUCGUUAUGGAUGUUUGUGAUACGGAUUUCCUAAUUCAGUUUGCAAAUGUCGAUACCCCUUCAAGUAUAGACUUUCAAGAUGUUACCCAUCUGGAGCCUACGUUUCCCUUCUCAGAUCUACCGGCUCUAUCUCCAACUCCUUCCUCAUCCGCAGGGGUAACAUUUCCUCUUCCCUCAACCGAAACCGAGGCCAAUGAACUAUGGCAGGGUAUCAUGCCUGGUACUCAAGUCGCUACGCUUGGUCUCGAUGUGAUAGACCGGCGCGUCAGCUCCAAUCCAUCCAGCAUGGCUCGCAAUGAAACUCCACUAUCACCAUCAUUACAGGACAAUACAUCGGUGUUGGUGGAGUACUAUUUCAAAGAAGUGUGCGGGAUGAUGUCUUGCUACGAUAGCAAGUUGAACCCAUAUAGAACAACCGUUUCCAAUCUCUGGAGUAACUCGCCAUCUCUCUACUACGUUACCCAAAGCAUGGCAGCAGCCUGCUUAGCCGAAGUCUCGCCAGGCCUUUCCGCAGCCAGCGGCCGACUUCGGGACCAGGCGGUGAACGCCUUAUGGAAAGAAAGUAGAGCAGGCCCAACGGAUACAUCAUCACUGUUGGCACUAGUCAUGCUAGGCUUCAGCCUCUGCUGGCAUGAUCCGUCUAAACUCGGCCAGUCCGAGUUCGAAUUACUGGCUGAGACACUCAUCCAUCUCGAAGCCCGACAAGAUAGCUUGGUAAUGGCGGACAAGCAGAAACGAUUCUUCUUUUACAAUUCUCUCGUCUACUGGAGGAUGCUGCUUUCUUUCGUCACCGACCAAGAGUUGCCUUCGGCGGCAUGCACUGGCGCCCUUCAGCCCCAGCCGCCUCGAUUUCCCAAUCGACAUGACACCAGAAUGCCACACCCGCAGACAGGUAUUGGAGUAGAGGUGCUAGAGGUUGUAGGUCAAGUUGGAGCACUCGUCAGAAAAGAAAGAAAACGGAUCCGUCGCCGGCGGCAUUCAUCCAGGCACGACAUUGAGCAGUCCGUCGCCGCCAUACAGACAGCGGAACAGCUCCACUCGCGGCUUUGCAAGAUUGAACUUCCAACAGAGGUUACAGUCAUGGACUCGGGAGAUGAUAUGACACCAACCGACCAUCUGUUGAAAGCUGCAGAGGCAUACAGAUGUACGGGACUGCUGCAACUCUAUCGCAACUUUCCCGAUCUACUCUUACAAGACACGGCGACUGCCACUCCGUCGGCCUGGCUGGAUAUAAUCGGAGAGUCGGAACCCUGCCUUUCGGGCAAUCCCGAAGCUCUCCACGGGACAUGGCUAACCUGUCUUGCUUUACACAUCCUCGACCUUCUUCAAGAUAUUCCAAUCACGUCGCGAUCUCGGUCCAUCCAGCCAUUACUCUUAGUAAGCAUCUGCAGCGAGCUUUCUAUAACUCGAGAAUUUUCUUCGUUGGACUUUUUGGGAGACAAGUCUGUGUCAAGCUUUGCUCCUAGUCCUAGGUUGAGAGAAAGGCCAACCAUGACCGAUAUUUUACACGCUAGACGGCUGGUCCUGUCGCGUCUCGCGUCGUUCGAGGGCAUCUUGGCAGCGAAGCCUAUACGACAAAUGACGCUUCUUGUGAGAGAGACUUGGUCAUGUAUGGAUGAGAAGCAGCAGGACUUGUACUGGAUGGAUGUCAUGGUGGAAAAGGGCUACGAAACCUUGAUGGGAUAG